AUGGACUCCGGAGGAGGCGAGUCGAUAGCCCUCAGCGUUCCAGAUGGAACUCGGGUGACAUCGGAUUCUUCCUGUAAUGUAGACGCCAGGGACUUCCGGGAUUCCUCGGGUGGCAAGGUCCCUCCCUACUUCCUGCCCCAGGUCCCUCCCUACUGCCUGCCCCAGGUCCCUCCCUCCUGCCUGCCCCAGGUCCCUCCCAACUGCCUGCCCCAGAUCACUCCCUACUGCCUUCCCCAGGUCCCUCCCUACUGCCUUCCCCAGAUCACUCCCUACUGCCUGCCCCAGAUCCCUCCCUACUGCCUGCCCCAAAUCACUCCCUACUGCCUGCCCCAGGUCCCUCCCUACUGCCUGCCCCAGAUCACUCCCUACUGCCUGCACCAAAUUACUCCCUACUGCCUGCCCCAGAUCACUCCCUACUGCCUGCCCCAGAUCACCCCACUACCUGCCCCAGAUUCCCUCACUACCUGCCCCAGAUCCCUCCAUACUGCCUGCCCCAGAUCCCCCCACUGCCUGCCCCAGACCCCCCCCCCCCACUGCCUGCCCCAGAUCCGUCCAUACUGCCUGCCCCAGAUCCCCCCACUGCCUGCCCCAGAUCACUCCCUACUUCCUGCCCCAGAUUCCCCCACUGCCUUCCCCAUAUCCCCCCACUGCCUGCCCCAGAUCCCUCCCUACUGCCUGCCCCAGAUCCCCCCACUGCCUGCCCCAGAUCACUCCCUACUUCCUGCCCCAGAUCCCCCCACUGCCUGCCCCAGAUCCCCCCACUACCUUCCCCAGAUCCCCCCCACUACCUGCCCCAUAUCCCCCACUGCCCCAGAUCCCCCACUGCCUGCUCCAGAUCCCCCCACUGCCUUCCCCAGAUCCCCCCACUGCCUUCCCCAGAUCCCCCCACUACCUUCCCCAGAUCCCCCACUGCCCCAUAUCCCCCACUGCCCCAUUGCAGCACCGAUGCACUGCGCCACCGUACCCCAGGUCCCUCCCUACUGCCUUCCCCAGAUCACUGCCUGCCCCAGAUCCCUCCCACUGCCUGCCCCAAAUCACUCCCUACUGCCUGCCCCAGGUCCCUCCCUACUGCCUGCCCCAGAUCACUCCCUACUGCCUGCCCCAUAUCCCCCACUGCCCCAGAUCCCCCACUGCCUGCCCCAGAUCCACCCCACUGCCUGCCCCAGAUCCCCCCCACUACCUUCCCCAGAUCCCCCACUGCCUGCCCCAGAUCCCCCCACUACCUUCCCCAGAUCCCCCCCACUACCUGCCCCAUAUCCCCCACUGCCCCAGAUCCCCCACUGCCUGCUCCAGAUCCCCCCACUGCCUUCCCCAGAUCCCCCCACUGCCUUCCCCAGAUCCCCCCACUACCUUCCCCAGAUCCCCCACUGCCCCAUAUCCCCCACUGCCCCAUUGCAGCACCGAUGCACUGCGCCACCGUGGCUCCCCUGCCUGUUCGGGCGGUUCUCGGCGGUCGCCGUCGCCGGUCUACCAGCCCCCACCGUCGCCGGUCUACCAGCCCCCACCGUCGCCGGUCUACCAGCCCCCACCGUCGCUGGUCUACCAGCCCCCACCGUCGCCGGUCUACCAGCCCCCCCCCCGCCGUCGCCGGUCUACCAGCCCCGGUCUACCAGCCCCCACCGUCGCAAGUCUACCAGCCCCGGUCUACCAGCCCCCACCGUCGCCGGUCUACCAGCCCCCACCGUCGCUGGUCUACCAGCCCCCACCGUCACCGGUCUACCAGCCCCCACCGUCGCCGGUCUACCAGCCCCCACCGUCGCCGGUCUACUAGCCCCCACCGUCGCCGGUCUACCAGCCCCCACGGUCGCCGGUCUACCAGCCCCCACCGUCGCCGGUCUACUAGCCCCCACCGUCGCCGGUCUACCAGCCCCCACCGUCGCCGGUCUACCAGCCCCCACCGUCGCCGGUCUACUAGCCCCCACCGUCGCCGGUCUACCAGCCCCGGUCUACCAGCCCCGGUCUACCAGCCCCGGUCUACCAGCCCCCACCGUCGCCGGUCUACCAGCCCCCACCGUCGCCGUCUACUAG